AUGCCUCCCCCCUCGGAUCAACGUCAUAAUGUCGACCCCCCGGAGGAGAUCACCUCCGAGGCCGUCCGCGGCUUCUUGACCGGUGCUUUUCGGUUCGGCUCCGUCUCCAUCCUGGCGCAUAUGAUCAUGAUCCUCCCUCAUCCUUUCAAGUUCUCGUCGCCCUCGUCUGCCCCCGUCCCAUCACAGUCCCCGUCGCAACCUCCGCCCAAGCAAUCGCCCUUUUCGAAAGAGUUCAUUCGCUCACGACUCUUCUAUCGCCCGUUAGAGGGCUUCUCCGAGUGGCUGUCCCCCGCUUCGAAGAUCUACCGCGGCUUGACGCCCCAAUUCAAAGUGUUUCUCCAUAUCGGGGCCAUGACGCUGGGUGGAUGUAUCUGGGCGGAGCGCCGAGUCGAUGAAUACAUUAAGUAUAUUCGCAAGGUCAAACGGCUCGAAAAACUACAAGCGGAGAGAGCCGCGCGGGGACUGGACUAA